GAACGAACUGUGGCCCAAUCGAAACGACUGUAGAAACAAAUCAUAGGAUGCAUUCAGUCUCGAACAAAUAUCCAUCGCGCAUGUAAGUACAACUUGGGUCUAGAACGCUUCAACACAGUGAACAAUCGCGAUCAUGGGCGAAAUUGCGCCGAUGGGUACCUGCGUAUAACGUACUUCCGGGUCUUCUACUUCGAAGAGAAAUCUUCUUUCCAUCAUUUUCACGUCACAAAAGGUCCCAAACUGCAAACCCUGGUCGCCAUGUUGAGUCAAUAUGACGUUCUGUUCGCAUCGCAGAAAAUAAUCUCGGUAUUAGGUAUAAAAACAGUCGCCUUCCUCUCCACUUGUUUCAUCAUUCCUUUCCCUCUUCCACCGCUUUCAACUGCUUACCCUUCCUCUCGUUAACAAUCCAACAAUGCAGCUCACUCUUCUCGCAUCCCUCGCUAUCCUUUGCUCCUCUGCUUUCGCUGCCCCUGUUCAAAGCCGGGAUGGAUCAUUGGUUGAUGUCAUCGCCUAUGUGGAGAACGUCUUGAACGACGCCAAUGUCAACGUCCUUACAAAGCGGGACGCUUCAGAUGUUGAUGUCAUUGCCUAUGUGGAGAAUGUCGGCAACAACCUCAAUGCCAACGUCCUCACCCGGGAUGUCCCUUUGAUCGACGUCGUUGCUGCUGUCACCAAUGAUUUGAACGACCUCACGGUCAACGUCCUCACCAAGCGUACAACCUUGGCUGAUGUUAUCGUUGACGUCCAGGACGAUUUGGAUAAUCUUAAUGUGAACGUCCUCACCAAGCGUGAAGACUUGGCCGAUGUCAUCGUUGACGUCCAGGACGAUUUGAAUAAUCUUAAUGUGAACGUCCUCACCAAACGGGAUGCCGGCCUGGUAGAUGUCAUUGCAUGCGAGUACCAUUUACAUGAUUUCUUCAGAAUACUUCUAACCCCAUCCCUCAGAUGUUGA